CAAGACAAUUAAAUACAAAACAAAAUGUUACUAAACCUCUUACAAUUGAAAAGGCUCAUGCGAACGACAAACACAAUAGAUUUUGUAAACAAAAUGAUAUAGAAUUUUCCGAUUCAAAUUUGAUACAUCAAGUUUGUACGCAUAAAUCAAUUAAAUUACACCAUGCACCUACAAAUGAACGAUUAGGUUUUCUCGGUGAAAAUGUUAUUCAACUUUAUAUAGUAGAACAUUUUAUAAAUAAAGUUCCACCAGAACAUUUGCGAAACAAAAUUAAGUUGUACACGAAAGAUUUGAAUAAGCUUGGAAGAAUUGGAAUAAACUUGGGUUUAAAUAAUUUAUUGCAUUGGACUCCGGCGAAUGAGGCGAGAAUGAUUAAAGCAAAAGAGGAAGGACAAGAAAUACCACCCUCAGGGGAAGAAAGUGUCACGGGAAAAGCAUUGAUAGCCCUCGUCGGGGCGCUUUACCAUGAUAAGGGUGCUUACGCAGCGAAAGAUUUUAUCCAUAAACAUAUUUUAUCGGCCGAAAAUACUUUAUUUAAAUAA